AUGCUGCGGGCUCCCACACGCAGCUCCAAGAAGGGCCUGUCCCGCUUCCGCAUUCCCAUCCUUGUUUGCUCCUCGCUGGCGCUGCUGGCGAUCACCCUGCACCUGUGGUCGACGCCGCUGCAGGGGGGGGUUCAGACCCUGUCCGACCGCUGGUACCAGACCUCGCACCACCCCCAGAACUACGCCAUCCCCCCACCAAACUCCCAUGCCUACCUCAAGCACAGUGUCCCGCCUUCAGCCAUGGCUGGGCAGUACCACACCAACCUCACCUACCAGGACACGUUGCUCUCCAGGACCUCCCAGUACAAGUCUUUCAUCGACUCUGACCUGCAGCCCUGGGCCGCGUCAGGGAUCACGCAGGAGCUGCUGGGCUUCUCGACGGCCAUGAGCACCAUCUGCGAGACGCCCAUGGCCCGCAUUCAGAUCUCCCGCGGCAGCCUGUGGGUGACGCGGCUGGACGCGCCCAACACCACCACAGAUCAGGAGUGGCGGAAUCUGGACUACGUCCUACUGGGCAUCAUGGACGCGCUCAGCGUCUUUGGGGCCCAGAUCCCUGACGUGGAUGCGGUGGUCCACGCGGGCGACGUGCCCUGCAUGCGCAAGAAGUGGAUGCAUGGCGGGCCCCCCCAGGUCCUGCUGGGCGUCCAGGGCUCGGUACGCCAUUUUGACGUCCCGCUGCCUGACUACACGCUGUGGGUGGACGAGCUCCAGCUCAUCCAGGGUGUGGACGGCGAGGAGGUAGUGAGCUGGCAGGAGGCCUCCCACCUGAUGCAGGAAAAGUACUCCAACACCUCGCUGCUGGUUCGGGUGCCCCAGGCCAUGUGGCGCGGCGACGUUCUGGACGCCAAGCAUCCCGAGCGCGGCCAGCUCAGGCGCGCUUUCUCAGAGUGCGGGCGACGCAUGUCCGCCGAGGAGCGCCCCUCCGAGUCGGUGCUGUUCAACGUCCAGCACUCGCCCGUGGCGCUGCAGGAGGUCUGCGACUUCCGGUAUGACGUGCACGUCGAGGCGUUGGGCGUGUCGCGCGACCUCAAGCACAAGCUGGCCUGUGGCUCCCUGGUGGUGGCCUUCCGCAUGGAGUACUGGGAGUUCUGGACGCGCGGGCUGCAGCCCGGGCGCGACUACGUGCAGCUGACCAACGAGGAGGACCACGUGUGCAACGAGACGGCCGCCGCGGUGCGCGACAUGAACACUCUCUUCUCCACGGUGGGCCAGAGCGCGCUGCGUGGGCCCAAGCAGGAGACGCCCAGCCUGGCCCGCGCGCUGGCGGAGCUGCGGCGCAGCCCAGGCGCCGCAGCGCUGCUGGCCGGCGCCAGCGAGGACGACGUGCCCGCCCCUGACGCCAACGGUACCUACUCCUGGGGCAGCGCGGCCACGCCCUGGGAGAUCGCCUGGGCGGGCUACGACUUCCUGCACGGGAAUGUGCGGCUGGAAGACGCGGUGGUGUACACGCGCGACCUGCUGGCGGCCUACGCCGCGUUGCAGGACUUCAAGGUCAAGCCGCAGGCGGGGGCGGCCUGCUUCAAUGGGCCGCGCCUGCUCGAGCGCCUGGGCGGGGUGGGGAGUGCGCGGGGCAAGCGCGUCGCUGCUGCACACCCCUGGCUCGCCGACUACGACGGCAACUGCCACGCCGCCGAAAAGUACUGGGAUGACAUCAAGUAG